CUUUCUUUGGCGUUGUGUCACCUCUAGUUAACCCUGCAGCCCAUGUACGGUAGUUACCGCACGCUCCAAGUGUUAGAUAACUCAAUUCUCACCCCACAUCCGUGACGCCCCCCACCCCGCCAAACGAUCUUUACAGCAACCGGAAACAAUGAUGCGGCCUUCGUUGUUGAUACGCCAGCUGCGGAUACGGCCAGCGUGCUCGCCGAGACUGUUCUCGGUCAAUCGCUAUUCCACCGCCACCUCCACUGCGGCGGCGGCACAGACACCUCCGACAGUACCGGCAGGGGAGAAGCCGUACUACAUCACCACGCCGAUAUUCUACGUUAACGCGGCCCCCCAUGUCGGCCACCUCUACACCAUGGUCCUCACCGACGUCCUGAAGCGCUGGCAGCAGCUCCACGGCCGCCCCGCCAAGAUGUGCACCGGCACGGACGAGCACGGCAUGAAGAUCCAGCAGGCGGCGGCAGCCGCCGACAUGGACCCACGGACAUUCUGCAACACGGGCGCGAACAGCUUCAAGUCGCUGGCGAACCUUUCCCAGUGCUCGUGGGACACGUUCAUCAGGACGACGGAUAAGGAGCAUCACGAUGCGGUCCAGUAUUUUUGGCAGAUGCUGCUGCAGAGGGACUAUAUCUAUGCCGGGAAGCAUGAGGGGUGGUAUAGUGUCGGCGAUGAGACGUUUUAUACGGAGGGCGGGGUGGAGCAUACCCUGGAUCCGGCGACGGGAAGGAAGAUCGUCCUUUCUAAGGAGACCGGAAGGGUCGUCGAGUGGACCAGCGAGACGAAUUACCACUUCCGACUGUCAGCGAUGAAGGAGAAGUUGUUGGAGUUUUACAAGGCGAAUCCAGAGUUUGUUGUGCCGGCCGCAAGGUAUGCGGAUGUCGUUGCGGCGGUGGAGGCUGGACUCGAUGAUCUGUCUGUGUCCAGACCAAGGGACAGACUUACGUGGGGUAUUCCCGUACCGAACGAUGACACCCAGACGAUCUAUGUCUGGCUGGACGCAUUGGUGAACUACAUCACGGCAUCGGGAUACCCAUGGACCCCCGGCCAGGAGCGGAGUGGUGGGUGGCCGGCGGAUCUCCACGUCGUGGGCAAGGACAUCGUGAAGUUUCACGCAAUAUACUGGCCGGCGUUUCUUCUUGCGCUCGACAUUCCGCCGCCAAAGCAGGUGCUCACGCACGCGCACUGGACGAUGAACCGUAAGAAGAUGUCCAAAUCCGACGGCAAUGUUGUGAACCCGUUCUACGCCAUCCAGCGCUACGGCGUAGACUCGAUGCGUUUUUACAUGGCACGCGAUGGCGGGAUCCACGACGACGGCGAUUAUUCAAACGAGCAUAUCGUUGAGCGCUACCGUCACGAACUCCAAUUUGGCCUGGGCAACCUGACCAACCGAGUCUGCGGCGUCAACUUCGACCUGGACCUCGCGCGCGCCGAGGCAUUCACCGACGUGUGGACGCUCUCCACACGCGACCAGCUGAUGAAAGCGCUCCCCACCACCACCGCGAUCGAUGUCGCCGAGCAAAUGGCUGCGCUCGACGUCCCCACCGCAGUAAAAACCAUCAUGUCGAUCAUCCACGAAACGAACAAGUACAUCCAGCACUCUGCGCCGUGGUCGCUCCGCAAACCGGAGCAGAAGUCUGAGCAGAACAUGGUCAUCUUCCUGAGUGCCGAGUGCGUGCGCGUGGCUGGCAUCAUGCUCCAGCCCUUCAUGCCCGACAAGGCAAAGGCCGUGCUCGAUCAGCUUAACGUCGCCCCCGAGAAGAGGUCCUUCGACUUCGCCGCUUACGGAAAAGACGACUCCUACGGCGUCGGCACGAAGGGGAAGAAGGGGUUGAUUUUUCCGCCGCUGAGCGAGUAGCUGGCAGCUGAUCCUCCGCCGCACGGAGAAGGACCCGAACUUCCG